UUGUACAGUUAUACAUUAAAUUUCUAGUGUACCGUGUCAGUGAACAUAAUUAUUAUUACAUAUAUGUCUACUCAGAAUGUGAUCUUAAGAAUAAGAUAAUUUAGUAGUUAAUAUGAAAGCCAACAAACUCGGAACUUUUUCACUUUCAAGACAAUGUAUUAAGUUUGUGACUUAUCCCACACUGUCUCAUUCUCAGGAAGUAGCACGAGGUUACAACUUACAGUUACACUCAUUUGACUUGUCGUGCUGCUUAUAUAAAUAGCUCAGUAUAGGCACGUGAUUUGGUCAACAAAAAUGUCGAAAGUUACAGAAGGACCUGACGUGCUUCGGAUGUUAACCGAUUUCAUGUUUAAUUCUGUUACGAAUGUAACUAGUGACGUAGUAUCACCAACAACUCAUUCAGCAAUCGACAAAACUCAAUCGAUGGAAAAUUAUACAGAUUUUGAUUUUUUGCCACCCAAUUCUAUUGGAGUGUGUGCAAAUGGAUGGCUUCCUCCAAACCAUUUACUUUUCCAGUUGGCCAACACUUUCCUUUUCUUAUCUUACAUGGCACCAACAGGUAUUCAUGGGUUACUGUAUCUCAGAGCUACGUUGAUGUUGGCUUGUUUAUUUUUCAGUUUGUGGGCUUGGCUUAUAUUGUGUGCGUUUGAUACUUUUCUGUGGAAUGCGAUCUUUACUGUUCUUAAUUUGGUACAUGUAUGUAUCAUCCUUUACAUGCUCCGCCCUGUGAGGUUUACUCAUGAAAUUGAACUGUUGUACCAGGACCUUUUUAAACCACUCCAUACCUCUCGUCGUCAAUUUCAGAAAGCCUUAGCAUGCAUGAAAGAAAUACAGACAUUAAAAGCAAAGGAACCAUAUUGCUUGGAAAAUGUUACUCAUGUAGAUAGACUGUCUUUAGUUUUGUCUGGCAGGUUAAUUGUUUCCCAAGGAGGACAUCAGUUACAUAUAAUAGACAGUCACCAGUUUUUGGAUUCGCCUGAAUGGUUUGGUGUUACUAGUGAUGAUUGCUAUCAAGUUACUGUCACUGCUCUGGAAGAGAGUCGUUUGAUUGUGUGGCACAGAGACAAGCUGAAACUGUCCAUUUGUGGUGAUACAUUUCUCCAAGCUGUAUUUGACAACAUUCUAGGGAAGGAUGUUGUGAAGAAGUUGAUGCUGAUUACAGAGACUUCCAAUAAUGAAAUUUCACUUUGUGGAGGUGAAAAUCCCACUGAAACCAGCCGACUUUUGGUUCCGUCCAAGGAAAUUAGAACAGGAAUGGAUGUAGUUCUAAACAGGCAUCUAGACAGUCCUGGUGAGAUGAUUUUU